UCCCCCCAUCUGUCCGCCCCCUCAGUCCAGCCCCAUCCCCCUGGUCCCCCUGGCCAUUGGGGGCUGGCACGAGAGCUGCCCCCUGGCCUGGUUGGCAGGGGCUGGCGCCCGGGCAAGGAGCUGUGGAGAAGAUGGGGAGCCCUGAGGACGACCUCAUCGGGAUCCCGUUCCCAGACCACAGCAGCGAGCUCCUGAGCCGCCUCAACGAGCAGCGCCAGCGGGGCCACCUCUGCGACCUCACCAUCCGCACGCAGGGCCUGGAGUACCGCACCCACCGGGCCGUGCUGGCCGCCUGCAGCCACUACUUCAAGAAGCUGUUCACCGAGGGCGGCGGAGGCGGCGGCGCAGGCGCGGGGGGCGGCGGGCCGCCGCCGCCCCCGCCCCCGCCGGCCCCUCGGCCCGUCGCCCGCCGCAGCCGCAAGCCCCGCAAAGCUUUCCUGCAGACCAAGGGGGCCCGGGCGAACCACUUAGUGCCCGAGGGACCCGCGGUGCCCAGCCAUCCCGCGGCCUUCGAGGAGGAGGAGGAGGUGGCGGGCAGGGUGGCGGGCAGCGGGCCGGGGGACAGCUACAGCCCUCCAGCCGGGACUGCUUCGCCGCCCGAGGGCCCCCUGGGGUACGAGGCCUGCGAGGGUGAGGAGGAAGAGGAGGAGCUGGUGUACCCCACCGCCUACGGGCUGGCGCCGGCGGGUGGGCCCCCGCUCUCCCCGGAGGAGCUGGGCUCGGACGAGGACGCCAUCGACCCUGACCUGAUGGCCUACCUGAGCUCGCUGCACCAGGACGCCCUGGCGCCGGGCCUGGAUGGCCAGGACAAGCUGGUGCGCAAACGCCGCUCCCAGAUGCCCCAGGAGUGCCCGGUCUGCCACAAGAUCAUCCACGGGGCGGGCAAGCUGCCGCGCCACAUGAGGACCCACACGGGCGAGAAGCCCUUCGCCUGCGAAGUCUGCGGCGUCCGUUUCACCCGGAACGACAAGCUGAAGAUCCACAUGCGGAAGCACACGGGAGAGCGGCCGUACUCCUGCCCGCACUGCCCAGCCCGCUUCCUGCACAGCUACGACCUCAAGAACCACAUGCACCUGCACACGGGGGACCGGCCCUACGAGUGCCACCUGUGCCACAAGGCCUUCGCCAAGGAGGACCACCUGCAGCGCCACCUCAAGGGCCAGAACUGCCUGGAGGUGCGCACCCGGCGGCGCCGGAAGGACGACGCACCACCUCACUACCCGCCGCCCUCCGCAGCCGCCCCGCCCCCCGCGGGCCUCGACCUCUCCAACGGCCACUUGGACACCUUCCGCCUCUCUCUGGCCCGAUUCUGGGAGCAGUCAGCCCCUACUGGCCCCCCGGUAGCCACCCUGGGCCCCCCUGAUGACGACGAGGAGGAGGGGGCACCCAGCACGCCUCAGGCCGAAGGUGCAUUGGAGUCCUCUUAGAGAGGCCCCAGCGGCCGGGCGGGCGCAGCACGAGGCCGGCCGCCCAUGCCAAGCAGCGAGAGUGCGGGACCCACAGAGCCGGGGUCGGGGCGCGCGGCCUCCCGGGCUUCGGAGAUCCGCCCUAACUCCCCCCCCGCCCAGAACCCUCAUUCCAGUUCCAAGCUGAGAAGGUUUUGGGGUAGAGGCUCCCCAGAUUGGGGUGAUCUCCCAAGGAGUGAUACAGAUGGCCUGUCUACUUACAGCCCUGUUGUAAAGGUGGGGUCCCUGUCCCCCGGCUGCUCCUGGGGAGUAGAAACAAUAAUGUAUUUCUGA